CCACCACCGUUCAAGAAAGUGAUGACUUCUGCCUCAAUAUACUCGCGAAUAUGACUCCAAAAUUUACAGUCUACGUUCUGGAUCCCUACCAUCCCGAUGCCAUCAAGCUCCUUCAGAGUGAUCCCAACAUCAAGACCAUCCUUCCCACGGACCCCGCCCAAACGUGUUGGCAUGCACAUGCUGAUGGGAUAAUUUUGCGCUCAGAGACUGUACUCAGUGCGAAGGACUUCUCCCAAGCCAAGAAACUUAAAGUUGUGGUCAAGCAAGGCGUCGGAGUUGACAACAUUGACCUAGAUGCGGCCAGGAAACAUGGAGUUGCUGUGCAUAACACACCCGCAUUAAACAGCGAAUCGGUGGCUGAACUUUGUAUGGCGCUCACACUGGCACUGAGUAGGAGAAUUUGCGAAAUCGACAGAGCCAUAAGGAAGGGACAAAGGGUGGUUCGAAGUCAAGUUUUGGGAGUCAGCAUGUUUAGAAAGACUGUGGGUGUGAUCGGUAUGGGCAACAUCGGGAAAGUCGUUGCGCAGAAAUGGCUUGGUGCCUUCGAAUGUCGAAUCUUGGGAUUCGAUCCAGUAGCCCCGAAGGAUGCAUGGAACGAUGUAAAGCACGAUCGCGUUUGGUGUUUGGACGAGCUUUUGAAGCAGUCAGAUCUUGUCACCUUACAUGUUCCUUUAUUGGAAUCUACAAGAGGUAUGAUAGGUGAGGAGCAAUUCAAGGAUAUGAAAAUGACAGCAAUCUUGGUGAAUUGUGCGAGAGGUGGAGUGGUAGAUGAAGCGGCGUUGUUGCACGCUCUGAAAGAGGGACAGAUAUGGGGCGCGGUACUAGAUGCUAUGGAAACCGAGCCUCCAACGCUGGAGUCAUACGGAGAUCUGUUGGCGCUGGAAAAUGUUAUCAUGACGCCUCACGUCGGAGCAAGUACAGUGGAAAAUCAAUGCAGGAGCGGGACGGUCGUCAUUGACACUCUUCUGAAAGUGCUGAACGAGGAAACUGCACCUGGAAAAGUCUGCUGAUGAUAGCAGCAGAAGUCCUCUACACUCUG